ACAUCACAUCCAGUCACUAUUACUAUCCAUUUUUUUAGUUGAACCUCAUGCAGAUAGUAGCUAGUACUGAUUUUAAGUACUUUUCGUACAGUUCGGGAGGUCAGUAUCCAAACAUCUCAACAGGGGUACAGUUCGGGAUGUCAGUAUCCAAACAUCACAACAGGGGUACAGUUCGGGAGGUCAGUAUCCAAACAUCACAACAGGGGUACAGUUUGGGAGGUCAGUAUCCAAACAUCACAACAGGAGGUACAGUUUGGGAGGUCAGUAUCCAAACAUCACAACAGGGAACAGUUCGGGAUGUCAGUAUCCAAUCAUCACAACAGGGAACAGUUCGGGAGGUCAGUAUCCAAACAUCACAACAGGAUACAGUUAGGGAGGUCAGUAUCCAAACAUCACAACAGGGGACAGUUUGGGAGGUCAGUAUCCAAACAUCACAACAGGAUACAGUUAGGGAGGUCAGUAUCCAAACAUCACAACAGGGGACAGUUUGGGAGGUCAGUAUCCAAACAUCACAACAGGAUACAGUUUGGGAGGUCAGUAUCCAAACAUCACAACAGGAGGUACAGUUCGGGAGGUCAGUAUCCAAACAUCACAACAGGGGUACAGUUUGGGAGGUCAGUAUCCAAACAUCACAACAGGAGGUACAGUUCGGGAGGUCAGUAUCCAAACAUCACAACAGGGAUACAGUUCGGGAGGUCAGUAAACAAACACUAGAGGUACAGUUUAGGAUCUAUCUAUCCAGACAAUACACCUGAGGUACAGUUUAGGAUCUCUCUAUCCAGACAAC